CCUGAAAUCCGGGAAUAAUGAAGUAAAUGUUAAAAACAACAAAAAUGCGUUUGGAUGCGGUAGUAAAUAUUGUUGUGUUGUUUAUUUUAAACAAUUGCUUUGCUGCUCGAAAUGGAGCAUCACAUGUUAUUAUAUGUGAAGACAGUACAUCAACCUUAGCAUGUAACGUGAAUCACACGCUUCACAUUAGGGCGGCCAUGUUUGGUAGGUCAAUGCUGUCAGUGUGCUCGGACAACGAAACAGAACUUUGCCAAACACCAGAUGCACUUCAUAUAGUACAAGCGUUGUGUGAGGGAAAACUACAGUGUCGUAUACCUGCAACCAAAGUCCUAUUUGGAGAUUCGUGUGGAAACAUCAUGAGCUAUGUCGAAGUAUCCUACACAUGUCAAUAUAUAACAAAUAAUUCCGUCUCAGAUUUCAUAUUAACAAACAACAAAGCUGUAACUUUAGGUUCUUCAAAUAACUUGGUUAUAGCCGUCGGUAUCCUUGCAACUCUCUUUACUGUAGCAACACUAACCCUUGCGAUGAUUGGAAUAAAAGUGUAAGUGUGCAAACAUAUGAC